AGAGAGAGAGAGAGAGAGAGAGAGAGAGAGAGAGAAGUAAACAGUAGAAGGAAAGAGAGGGAGAGAAGGAGGAGAACACACAAACCCAUUCAUGGCAGCAGAACCUGAGAGGUGUCUUUGAGAUUGCCUGAAGGACCCUUCCUCCACCAUGAGUGUCCCAGCUGGUCUCCAGAGUCUGUCUGUCAGCGGACGAGAGAUGAAAAACAACAACAGCAACAAAUCUCAGGUCCUGUUCCCCCCUCCUACUGGAGAUGCUAACGCUAACCAGCUAGUGCUAAUGGGGGAGGAGAUGGUGGAGACCCCAGACGACCAGGCCUCCAGCCCUCUACCCCCCCUUGUGGCCCAGAGCGAAGCCCAGGACAAGCUUCUUAUCUGGGGCACGGAGGAGCGAUGUCUGGACCAUGACAUCCAGGAGUUUGAAAUGCUAGAGUGUCGCGAGAUACACACCUUCCAUGGAGAGGGGGAUGGAAAGAGAGUAGGAGAAGUGGAGGAGGAUGAUGGAGGAGAGGAUUCUAAAGGAGGAGCAGAUGAAGGACUGAUGUCGAUCUCUUCCAGCUCAACGGCCAGCUCUGUUUCUGUUCACAGGAACGAUAACGAUAGCAAUGGGAGGGACAGAGGGAUGGAGAGACAAAAAGAGGUAGAGACGGAGAAAAGGAUGGAGAGUGAGAGAGAGGUGCUCCGUCGUAGCUCUCAGGACCUCAACUAUAGCGGCCCUCGAUCAGAAGGAGGUAAAGAGAGGGGAGGAGUAGGAGAGCAGAACAGGGGAAGAGGAAGUGACAGAGGAAGUCUUAAAGAAACAGUCUGUCUCUCUGUGUCCACACUGAGUAGCAGUCUGGACCCUAUUGGACAACCGCUGACCUCUAACCCCAAGCCCACUACCGCUACCUCAGCCAAGAGACGGGCUCCCCCUGUUGGCCAGACCAGGAACUCCACAGCAGCGCCACAGUCUCAGGACACUCCUGACCUGGGAGGACUACAGUACCCGAGGUCACCUGACCAGCAAGUACAUCAUCAGUACCAGGAAACAUCUAACCUGGAAGUAGAACUGUCGAGGGGUCAAAGUGGCCAAAGUGCGACAGAGGAGGAGGGGUCUAAACAGGAUGUUGUCACUCAAAGACAGCACGUGAGGUGUUACCAGGGAAACAGCAUUUUGUCCUCCUCAGAUGGAGGGAUAGGAGGAGGAGAGAAAGACAGAGUCCCCCCUCCUCCUCGCAGACAACAGCUCGUACGACCUCUCUGUCAGUUGGAACCAGGAAGAGGGAGGGGCUUAUCUGAGCCAAUCACAAGACGGCGCUCCUCCCCCUCUCCCUCCCAGUCUCCAGAUGCAGGUCGUAAGGUCAUGGACCCAGGUCACCACGGGGUCAACGGCAGACAAACACAAGAGACCCUAGAGGUCAAGAGUUCAAUGGUCAACAGUAGCAAUUACUCCCACCUUAACUCCCAACCCCAUGACCAGCCAAGCUCCAGCCCCGGAGCUCCCCAGCCCAGCCAGGCCAGCCAGUCUGCCCAGAGAGAGGCUCGUUCCCUGGAUAGACGUGGGAGCAGCGCAGGGCGUACCUCCAGCCUGGAGAGGAGACAUCAGGACCAGUCUCAGAUCAGAUACCGUAGAGCUAACCGCUGUGGGUCUACCACCACCUCACACACCCACUCACACACACCCCCUCGCUCCCCACUCGGAACCCCGCAGGGAUCGCCACGGAGACAAGAACAACAACAACAACAGCCGAUGUCCCCUUCAAGGAUCAUUACAGGUUCAGCUAGGUACCCCCAGGGCUAUGGCAGCAGUGGGCUUAGACCACCUCUCAAAUCUAACCUUGCUUCUACAGGGAUACCCACACCUCCUCUACACCACCAGGCCCCUAACCCCAGCCCCAGCCCCAGCCCCCCCAAGCCCAAAGGAGUGCGGCCCAAAAUCAUCACCUACAUCCGGAAGGGUCCUCAACUCAAACCCCAGGCUUCAGACGGGCCUUACCAGGUCUCCUCCCUGCCCUCCAGGCUCUCUGCCUACACACAUACACACUCCCCUAUCACACACACAUCCCAGAAACACUCCUCUAGCCCCAAAACACACACCAACACACACUCCCGCGGUGUAGAGUCCAGACACACACCGGUGCUGAGUGCCUCCAACCUCCUCUAUGACAAAUACAGACAGGAGAUGCAGAAAAACCGUCUGUUCAACUCCGGUCUGAUGGGAACAGGGAUCCGACCCCAUGGCCACACACACACCGUCCCCCCGACACACACACACUCUGGCUCUCACACACACACCCACACACACACCGGAGCCCACACCCACACUCACAGCCACACAGCCCCUCCGAAGCUGGGCAGCAAGGCUGAGAGCUUCUAUGGACCACUGGUGGACAAGUACCUACCAGCAGAGAUGGGCAGAAAUGCGGGCAGCCUUGGCCGCGAGGAACCCUCAGGCCCCAGGAUGGCGACCCAGGCGGCUCAAGCUGGCGGCAGUGGCAGUCUGCUCCGCUCUGGCAUAGGGCUGCGCCCGCAACUGGGUCUGGGAGCAACCCCGGGGUCUGUCGUUGUCACAGCAACCAAGAACCGGAUGAUGGUUCAGGGUCGGAGGACAGCGUUGGAUUCCAGUCAACCAGUGCAGGUCGUAGCCCAGCGACCAAUCAGAAUGGACAGGACAACACAGGAACCAGCAACCACCUGUGAUGGGGACGAGGAACCAGGAACCAGGAACCACAUGAUGGGGACCAGGAACCAGGAACCAGGAACCAGGAACCAGGAACCAGGAACCACAUGA